AUGAUAGUUGCCUUAUUUAUUUCAACUGCAUUAGCUCUAUAAAUGAAUGAGUAGGCCACACUCACAACAGAAGCCCAAACUGCUGUUAGAGAAUUUGUUCAAUCUAGUCCAAUGGGGAAGAUGAUGUUUGAGUUUGCUUAAUUGGAGAUGCACGCUUCUGGUGCUGUAGACAUCUUGAUUGAAGUUCUCAAGGCCUUCGGUCGUCAAUAAGAAGACAGAUUGAACGAAGAAAACACAAUUUGGUAAAACAGACUGGGAGAUCAUAAUGCUCGCAGAAUUCAGUAUGAGUCACUGGUAACUGAAGGUGGAUUAGCUAUUAACAGGGAUAGGAAAAAAUUGACUUAAGAAUAUGAACCUCGAAAAGAAGAACUAAAUGAAAUACUAACAACCUUGAAAACGAAUAUGGGCAAAAAUGAAGUUGCUAAAAAGAAUGCAGAAGCUUUGACAAAUGAAAUCACUGAAGCCAUCAAAGCAACUGACGACACUCUAGAAUACAUCAAGAGGUGCAGUCAAGGUUCAUUUAUUGAAGUUGACAAAAUUAAUGAUCAUCUCCUAUUCUUGUAAAAGAAAUCAUCUAAAUCUACUGACUAUGUUGGAUCAAUAAUCUAGGCACUUAUGUAAAUAAGUGAAAAGUAGAACUUCGCAGAUAGAGAGGUUCAAAAGUAAUUGGUUGAUCUAUUGCAAUCAUUGAGAGGCUAUUUUGUUGAGACUCUACAAGCAGCCUACAAUGAUGAGGAUUAAUAGAAAUUAUUGCAUGAAAAUAGAAUGAAUCAAUUAGAAAACGAAAAAUAAGUAUUUGAAAAACAAUACAGUGAUGCUUAUGCUGAAAGAGAAUAAAGAUCAUUAUAAAUUGAAGACACAAAUAGAUUAUUAGAUACAAGAGGCAAAGAAUUAUCAGGCUAUUAAGAUCGAUUGACUACUGAAAACAAUAAUUUCUCUUAAAAUCAAAAGAUUCAUGAUGAUCUAGUAGCAGCCAUCAGUGGAGAAAUUGGUUUUAUAGAAAAGUCAUUAGAUGUUUUGAUGACUUAAGCAUUUUCCGAUGAACUCUAAUCAGCCAUUAAUAAAGCUAAAUGAAUUAUGAUCAAAUCCAAAUAUAUUUAUUA